GGAAGUGGCCCCCUUUAUCAAGGGUGGGACCAAGACAAAAAUGGGUCUGCUGUUUUUCUCAAAGGAAAGGUAGAUACUGUCAUUGGUGAUUUGGGGCGGGGGUGAAGGCAGGAAUGAGAACAGCCCUCUUCUGAGAAGUGUGAUGAUACCCAGGGAUUUCCCCCCAAAGAUGGAAGAAGUGUGGUCCUGUUCCUGGAAGUCUUCCUGUUCCAAGACGUGGGGCACAGUUUACCCACAUGACCAGGAGUGGAGCCGUGGAGGCUGGAGGAACAGCUGGCUCAGGACAUUUUACUGCAGGGCAGAAUGUGUGGUGGGGCAUGCCUUCCUUCCUGGGGCUCUAGAGGAGCUAAGCCUCAAAGUGAGUAAACGAGCAAACUGGAGGACUGUGAUGUCACUCUAAAGAGCAGGUAAGACGUUGAGAGAGGAGGAAGAGCGGCAUGCCAGGCAAAAGGACCAGCCCACGGCGAAGUCAAGGAGGCAGGAAGGUGUCUGUUCUGUUAACCUAUGUCGAAGCCUGCUUGACCACUGGGUGGCGCUGUCCAGCCUGGCGAGAAACCCAUUAGGCUGUUGGUUCCCUGAUUUCCGGCCCACAGCCCAUCGUGGUCUUCUCCUGGUCUGUGACGUUAGCUGCGGUUCUGGAAUUCUGGUGCUGGGAAGUUUCUGUGAGGCCAGCCCAGCCCAUUGAGCCCUAUUUCAAUGAUGCCUCUAUAGCAGCGGGUGGCACUCGUCAGAGCGCUGUGGAGGAAGGUGGGGUCUAACCGGGGGCAAGUCUUUGGGGAAAUCUUCCUGCUGUCAGAUGAGAUCUUCUGAGGGAUGACAGUCUGCUCCUCACCUGGUUUUGGAUGGGGCUCCAAGUGGCUGAGAAAGGAAGGCUUCUUGGAGGAAAGUGGUGUUAAAAGAUGUGAUUUGUCAGUGGAAGAGAGAGAGGAGGAGACAUUUGGGGGCCAGAGACUGGCUGAGAGGCACCCUAGACUACUGCACAGUUUGAGGAGCUUGCCAGAGUGUGUGACCUGGGCUCCUCUGCUUCUCCUGUUGCUCCUUUUCGUCUCCUUGGGUUUCUUCACGCUCCAGCUGACCACUCUGGUUCAAGUUUCCAGGAUCCGGUGUCUGCAGAGAGAUUCGGGAGACCGUGAAAACAACAGCCUGGAUAAGUGGCUGGACACCAGGUUCCGGAGUCUGACUGAAGUUGCACAGAAGCAGAUGCAAUCAAACCUGGAGGAGAUCCUACAGCGCCUGACCAGGAUGAAUGCCACCCUGGCUGGCCUGUGCCAUCCUUGUCCUCAGAAUUGGGAGUUCUUCGACGGAAGCUGCUACUUCUUCUCCUGGACCCAGAGUGACUGGAGAUCUGCCGUCUCCGCCUGUCUGCUUAUUGGGGCCCACCUAGUUAUCAUCGAGAGUACUGAGGAGGAGAAAUUCCUGAACUUUUGGUAUGCCAGAAAUAAUAAACCCACCUGGAUCGGCCUCAGCGACCACCACAAUGAGGGGUCCUGGCGGUGGGUGGAUGACAGUCCUGUCCAACUCAGCUUCUGGAAAAAAGGGGAGCCCAACAACCACGGAGAUGAGGACUGUGUGGAACUGCACAACGAUGGCUGGAAUGAUGGCAGGUGUGUUACAGAAAACCCCUGGAUCUGUGAGAAGCCCUCGGCUCCCUGCCCAGACCUCGGAGAGUUGCUGCCUCCACCAUCCCGUCCCGCCCCGCCACCCCCCGCCCCCCAUUAGCAGAGAUCAGCUACUGGAACAUGCACUCUGAGGGUUCUUCUUGGGCCCCACCCCUUUCUGUUUUCCCCUUUGGUGAAUGCCCAUCCCGUUACUAUUCAGAAGACUUUGAGAUCCUCUAAGAUUAAUCUCUGCACAAACUAUAGAUCAUUUUUCUUCAUCUGUCGAUAGGCUCACCUCCCCCCUCUGUCCCUCCAUGGUAUACCCUUAAUAAAGUCAUACCUUGCA